AAACAUACUAGUAUUCCGCGUAAGUGGAUCGAAGGUGCGAAGAACAAUCUCAUCUAACUUUACCGUUGCGAGUUUAGUCAGACUUUCAUCGAAGUAAUCUGGUGUAUUGUAAGCCGAGAUUAAUUCGUUAGGAAGACGAAGGGAAUAGUUUGGGGUGAAAGCAUCGAGGUGAAGAAAUUAAAAAUCUAAACGGGAAAGGGAGUGAUUUUUUCUCGCAAAUUUUUGCUAGAGUUUUGAUUUGUGAUUUGUGAUCAUACAAGUGAUAAUAAUUAAAUAUCAUUUACGACGAGAGACCAUGAGAAGUGAAAUGAGUCUCCAAAUAAUUCUGUCUGUUCUGUUAAUCGUAUCAAUCUUUUCGCCACUAAUGUCCGCUGCUCUCACAACUUUUGGGAAGAGUAAUCCACAGAAUCAAAACUCGAAUCCACCGCCACCACCUACACCAACUGGUAAAGCUCGCGAGUGUAAGACGGAAACCGACUGUGGUGCAAUUCUGAAUACAACAUGCAUAGCGGAUUCCCGAGGAAAAACUCGUUGUCUUUGCGACGAUAACUCAGCACCAAUUAAUGGUUUAUGCACUAAUAAAUUCAAAGCACUUCAUAGACCUUGCAAUUCCGAUUCAGAAUGCAUAGAAGAUGCCCACUGUGUGAUGCAUAACAGCUCAAUGGGAAAACGCUGUUAUUGCCAAAAAGGAUUUUACCAAGAGAAUCCAUUGUUUUGUAACGGUUGCUUGUCCAUCUUUACGUUGCAUACGAUGAUUCUUUUGGCUGCGUCGCUCGUGCUUGGAAGCUUUAACUACAUCUAAAAUUUUUUAAGUCUCAAUCUUUUAAAGAAUGUCUUGAACUUUUGAGUCUGUACGAUAACCCACACAGUAGAAAAACAUUAUAAUUCUUCGAACCAAUGAAUCAAAUGAGAAGUCGCUUAAAAAUAUAUAUCUAUAAAAGUGUCUGUUUAGUUCAAGGAAAGAGUAAGAUACAUAUAAAUACAUUUCAGAACGGUAAUGCACAUUUAUGUGUCAAAUAACUAUGAACUACGAGAGAAUCUUCCCUUGUAUAAAGUAGUCGCGCACUUUUUCUUAAAAUUGUUCUUUU